AUUAUUUUUAGACAGGGCCGGGAUUUCAUUAUUUUUGUCUAUAAUAGCAGCUAGUAUCCCCGGCCCUGAUUUUUAGACACUGAACUGACUGACACUGACAGAGACCAGAGACAGAAGGAGAGAAGACAGCAGAAGUUUCUGUCGUCUCCCCCGUCACCGCCGCGCCGCGUCGCAGUCGUCGUUCUCGUUCGUCGCCCUGUUUCAUUUUCGUUUCGUUUCUUUCGUUCGAUUCGAGUUCGCCAGCGCCAGGUUCGCGUUCGCCUUUCCCUUUCCCUUUGCAUUGCUCGCGUCGGUAGUCGGACCGUACUUUCAGUCAUUUCUCAUUUGAGUCACAAAACAAAUUAAUUGUUUACUAUAAUAGAAAAGGUUCAUUUUAUUUUGUGGUUGGUUAAACAACGGAAAUUUAAGUACUUCCUUGGAAGCCAUCAAACACAUACGGUACAGAAAAAUAAGUAAAGAUUAGAAAAAAGAAGAACAAUAUGUUGUAUUUAGAAGACUAUCUGGAAAUGAUCGAACACCUGCCGCAAGAACUGCGGGAUAGGUUUACGAGUAUGCGAGAAAUGGAUUUAGAAGUGCAGAAUACAUUAGAGAGUGUUGAGAAAAGAAUAAGUGUAUUUUUCUCAAAAGCGGAAGACAUGAAUCCACAAGGGAGACAAACCGAGUACGACGAAAUAAAAAAAGAUUACAGCAAAGCUAUAGAAGAUGCAGAUGAAAAGGUUCAACUGGCAAAUCACAUGCACGAACUCGUUUCAAUGUACUUGAGAAGGCUAGAACAGGAGUGUCACAAAUUCAAAAUGGAAUUGGAAGCUGACCAUGCCGGUAUUACUGAAAUUUUGGAAAAACGUUCAGAAGAAAUGGAUGUAUCGACAAACAAUUGUAGUCAGAAAGAAAAUCGCUAUUCAGUUGUAAUGAAUCGACCUAGCGGAUCUAGCAUGAGUGAAAAAAAGAGAGAAUCGACUGUUCCAGAAUACAAAAGAUUAUUGACAGUUGAAAAAAUCCUGCCCGACAUUCGACCCGUUAGUUCCAUCCCUCAGCCUACUGUGUCUACUUCUGUGGCGACGCCUACUAUCAACUACAGUCUUGGACAUAUGGGAGUCGGAGGAACUGCCAUCGCUGCGGCUGCAACACAAGCCAUCGCAGCCACGCAGCAGAUGCAGCAGGGCAGGCGGACUGCCAGCCUCAAGGCAUCCUACGAAGCCAUCAACUCUGUAGUCAGUGGCCUGUCCAUGAGUCACAGUAGUGAACUGGGUAUCAGUAAAGAACUAGCAGGGGCCGCACAGACAGCUAUUGCCGCUAUUCAGGACACUAGUAAGAAAAACAAGAAGAAAUCCACCACUAGUACUAGUGUGCAGCCUUCUCUGCCGGCCAAUUUGCAAAUGUCAUCACAGAGCUCGACAGAAUCGUCGUCCUCAAGUCGCAACGAUGUUUCAUACGAUGCUAACGAACCUCGUUACUGCAUUUGUAAUGAAGUCGCAUAUGGUGGGAUGGUCGCUUGUGACAACAAAAACUGUCCGUACGAAUGGUUCCACUACCCUUGUGUUGGAAUCACGGAUCCCCCGAAAGGAAGUUGGUAUUGCCCUCAGUGUUUGGCUGCAAAGAAACGUCGCGGCUCUAGAAAGAAGAAGAGCCACACCGGAACAGAAGAGAGAAAUCCUCAAAGCAGCCUGAGACAAGUUUUGCAAUCUUGAUACUUUGGGAAUGAAUACAAGAAAGUUUGAACUUUCAAACAAGAAGUCUUCUUUUUAAGGCUAUUUCAUCUACACUUUUUCAAUAUUUAUGAUAUUUUGAGUUUUUUACAGAGUUUUUAGUUUUGAUCCUAAAGUGGACCAGUUUGACAAAGUGUUUUAUUAUUAUAUUUUUUACACAUCCAAACAUCUCUCAUUAAUUUAUUUCUGAUGAAUCUCAAGAGUGAAUCUGUUGUUUUCAAUGUUGUGAAGGCUACUUAUCUUGUCUACUCUCUUAAGUGCUAAUGUAACUUGUACCCCACAAACCUGUUAAGUUGUGUUUACAUCUCUACAAACACCUACAAAAUAAGAGGAAUAAUUGAUUCUAUUAUGGGUAGAGAUACUCAGUUUGUUACUUUUACGACCCCAUUCAUAUAUUAUAUUACACAGUAGAACCACCAUUUAUGUUAAAUCAGUGUCAGAGAACAAACAUUUGUUUAAAGAAAUCCAAGCAAUAAAAUACCCAUGCAGCUGCAAACCUGCUGACUAAGUGAAUUUCCAUAGGUCUGAAUUGAUUUUCAAUUAAAUUUAUUUAAAUAUUAUUAGGUUUUACGAGUACCUAGGUUUGCUGCUACAAGGAAACUAAUAAAGUGUAUUUUUUUGUAAAAUAUUAAUAGCUUAGUAAAAAAAUAAAUAAAUUUGCAAAGUUUAAUCAAAAUAUAUCCAUAAACAAGCGGCAAACUAGGUUUACAAUAUUUUUUGUAAGAAUCACAUGGGAAUUUUAAAUUUAAAAUAGUUUAAUCACCUAAUCAGACAAUAACCUGAUUGUUACUACCAUAAGUAUGUAUAUAUAUUGGUUUUGAUUUAAUUGUUACUGUUUUUUAUAAUUUUUUCUAAAUAGUGAAACGGCGUUUGCAAUCUGAGUGACUUCAGCAUAUGACGGGAAUAUCACAGUCUUAUGUAUUUUCCUUCCACAAUGGUGUUAGCUGAUAUGUUAACAAAACUAUUAAAUCAUUCAAAUCAUCAGUUAAUUCUAUUGAAAAUAGAAGUUUUAUAUUGGAAACUUACCAGCUUUUUAUAUCCAAAGAAAUCAGAUUUUAUUGUAAAAGAUUUUCUAAAUAGGCCUAGUUAAGUUACGUAAGAUAAUUAAAAAAAAAUCCUAUAUAGUUUUAGUUAACAAAAAAUAUUUGUAUGUUUAAUUUAGAUAUCAUGUAGUUGAAACACAUUCCUAUUUAUUAUUUAUUUUGAUUGUUAGGAUUCUUAUUUAGUGACUUUUUUUUUCAGAACAUAAACAAUAGAUGAUUACAUAACUGAUAAUUUCUUGGACAGUGCUCACAAGUUAGUUGGCACUAACAAUACACACGCUCUCAUAAAUUCAUAGGCGAAGCUGCGAUUUUUUAGUUAAAGGUGCGUUGUCCAAGGCGCGUCUGUUGCGUCUGACGCAGAGCGAUAAUCGGCGAACGAUGAUCGCUGGGCGUCGAUCGCUUAGAGGCCUGUUGUCCAAGAACGCGUCUAUUCAGUUCAAAAGUUGGUUGCUGACUGUGUUAAAAUUUAUUU